AUGUCUGAAGGCGCAGAUAUGACGGAAAUUUUAGAUAAAAACCUAGAAGAUUUAGAAAUUCAAGAAGUUUUAAAAAAUGGAACAGACUUACGUGAAUACGCCUUACAAAUCGAUAAAAAUAUAAAGGAAGCAGAGAAAUCUUCUGUAGCAGACUAUUUAAAAGAAAGCGAAAAUAUCGCUUCACUUCACAAUCAAAUAGAAGACUGUGACUCAAUCUUAGCCAGGAUGGAAAGCAUGUUAUUAGUUUUUCAGAAUGACCUGGGAAGUAUUAGUAACGAAAUUAUUAGUUUACAAAAACGCUCUGUCAAUAUGUCAGUCCAACUUUCGAAUAGGCAAGCUCUUAAAGGACCACUGUCAUCAUUUAUUGAAGAUAUGGCCAUAUCAGAAUCACUUAUAUUUGGUAUAAAUAAUGUGCCGGUUAUAGACAAAGAAUUCAUGAUUCAACUAGCAAUCUUAAAUCAAAAAUUAAAUUUUGUUAAAGAACAAGAUUUCAAAGAAACCAAAGCCUGUCAUGACGUUAAAGAUGUUUUAGAAAAAUUGAAAAUAAAGUCAGUGUCUAAAAUAAGGACAUAUGUACUUGAGCAAAUUUACAAAUUCCGUAAGCCAAUGGCUAACUACCAGAUACCACAAAAUGCUAUGUUAAAGUAUAAAUUUUUCUUUGAGUUUAUUUUAACAAAUGAAAGGAAUGUUGCUCAAGAAAUCUGCAAUGAAUACAUAGAUACUUUGAGUAAAGUUUAUUAUUCUUACUUUAAAUCCUAUGCAUCAAGAUUAGAUAAAUUAAAAUAUGAAGAAGUACCAACCAAGGAUGACUUGAUGGGAAUUGAGGAUGGUUCCAAGGGAGGUUUCUUUCAAAAGUCCAAUUUAAAAAAUAAAAGCACUAUAUUUACAAUAGGGAACCGUGGAGAUGUUCUUGCUCAACAACUAGAAGCACCAAUCAUUGUACCACAUGUACAGCAAAAAUCUAAGUAUUCUUAUGAAGCGUUGUUUCGAAGUCUACAAUAUGCUCUAGUGGACAACAGCUGCAGGGAAUAUCUAUUUACUACAGAAUUUUUCCAUGUCAAAGGAAGCCAUGCGCAAGAAUUAUUUGAUAGAAUUCUUGGGAAAACACUUUCAUUACUUGUGAAAAAUGUAGAAAACUAUGUCCUGGAAUGUUAUGACUGCCUUGCUCUGUUCCUGUGCAUACAGCUCAUAAAUAGGUAUCGCUGGAUGUGUCACAAAAGAGCAGUUGCAGCUUUGGAUAGCUAUUGGGAUUCUUUACUAGCAACCUUAUGGCCGAGACUAGAGUAUGUAUUGAAAUUGAACAUCCAAAGUGUAAGAGAUUGUGAUCCGGCCAAAUUGUCUAAUAAGGAAAUGGGACCUCACUAUAUUACAAGAAGAUAUGCAGAGUUUUCAGCAGCAAUACUCAGCCUCAGUGAACAGUUCCCAUCAGAGGAACUUAGCAAUCUGUUACUAGUACUACAAGACGAAGUCCAUUGCUUCCUACUCAAAAUGGCGGCUGAAUUCCCACAACGAAUACAACAAUUAAUAUUCUUAAUAAAUAAUUAUGAUAUGGUUCUAAGUAUUUUAAUGGAACGAACUCGAGAUAACACUAAGGAGGCUGAGAGUUUUAGAGAACAACUUCAAGCAAGAAGCUCAGAGUAUGUGGAAGAGAUAUUAAGUCCUCAUUUCGGUGGACUUAUGCAAUUUGUUAAGGAAGGUGAACAGUUGUUAGAAACUGAUAGAAAAAAUGAACUGACCAACCUUGAAAAGAAAUCAAUAUCCCUUGUAGCCUCCUUUACCAACAGUUGGAAACAAAGUCUGGAAGAAAUACAUAGAGAAGUCCUGGUGUCAUUCCCGAAUCUCGUGACAGGAUCUGGGUUAUUACAAAUGGCGCUUACUAACUUUGUACAGUAUUAUCAUAAAUUUGUUAAAUUAUUAACCCCCAACGCGCGCACUCAACUUGUUAAUAUUCAUGUCAUUAUGGUAGAAAUCAAGAAGUAUAAAACAAAUUAU